AUGAGUUCUCUUCUGAAAAUAAUUUGUAUGGCUGAAGCUGCUGGUGAACUUGAUGAACCAACACAUAAGCGCAGAAGGUAUUGGGUUUAUCCUAUACAUAGUAGUAAUGAACACGACAUACGAUUUCAAGUAUUUUAUGAUAAUCUAAAAAAAUAUCCUGAAAAAUUUUUCGACUAUUAUCGGAUGUCAAUUUCCUCGUUUGAAGAGCUACUCGAGAAGGUCCGAUUACAUUUAACGAAGGAAAUAACGCACUUUCGAAAUCCUAUAAGCCCGGAAAAAAGAUUGACAGUGACUUUGAGAUAUUUGUCCAUGGGAACUAAUUUUGCGGCAUUACACUUUGAUUUCUCUAUCGGAAAAAGUACUAUUAAUGGAAUAGUUAAAGAAACGUGUAAAAUAUUAUGGUCAGUGCUAUUAGAAGCCGAAAUGCCACAACCUACAAAAGAAACCUGGUUACAAAUAUCUGAUUUAUUUUAUAAAAAAACCAACUUUCCGAAUUGUCUAGGUACUAUAGAUGGCAAGCACAUCAGGUGCAAAAACCCAAACCACGCAGGUUCGCUGUUCUUUAAUUAUAAAAAAUAUUUUUCCAUUGUGUUGAUAGCUGUGGUAGAUGCCAAUUUAAAUUUUAUUUCUAUUGAUGUUGGUGCCUAUGAUCACCUCAAAAUACAGCCAUCAGAGCACAUUCUAGGCGGUUUAACUUUUUCAAUAACCCUUUGGCUUCACAAUGUGUGGUUGGUUUUUGACUAG